CAGCUCUACACUAUAAAUCUCUCCGAUCUCUCUCUCUGCUCAAACUCAUCAACUGCUUAUAACCUUUAGCCAACAAAAAUGGCAGCCCUCACUGUGAGAAAACACCUACUGACCAUCAUCGUUGCCGGAAUCCUGGCCUGUACCGCUCCAGCCGCCGUGGUGGGCCAAAACUGCAGUUGCUCCUCGGGGCUGUGCUGCAGCAGGUGGGGGUACUGCGGCAGCGGCGACGACUACUGCGGCGCCGGCUGCCAAGAGGGGCCUUGCUAUGCUUCGGCCCCCACCAACGACGUCUCCGUCGCCGACAUCGUGACGCAAGAAUUUUUCGAUGGCAUCAUUGGGCAGGCCGACGCAGGGUGCGAGGGGAAGGGUUUCUACACCCGAGCAAAAUUUCUCGAGGCUCUCGACUCGUACCCCCGGUUCGGCCGGGUAGGUUCGGUUAAUGAUUCCAAGCGCGAGGUUGCGGCUUUCUUCGGACAGGUUACGCAUGAAACCGGACAUUUUUGUUACAUAGAAGAGAUAAAUGGCAGCACAAGAGACUAUUGCGACGAGAACAACACUCAGUAUCCAUGUGUCUCUGGCAAGAAUUACUACGGUCGAGGCCCCAUUCAAUUGUCCUGGAAUUUCAAUUACGGUCCAGCCGGAGAAAGCAUUGGAUUUGACGGAUUGGGCUCUCCAGAAACUGUUGCUACCGACGCACUCGUGUCGUUCAAGACUGCGCUAUGGUACUGGAUGAACUUCGUUCACUCCGUCCUCAGCCAAGGCUUCGGGGCAACGACUCGAGCAAUCAACGGUGCGCUCGAGUGCAAUGGUGGCAACACUGUUGCCGUUAAUGCCCGAGUGAGGUACUACACUGAGUACUGUAACCAACUCGGUGUUUCUCCGGGGGGCAAUCUCACUUGCUAGAGAAAAAUUCUUGGAGUUCAUGAGAUUCACCAAAUAAACAAUAGUGAUGACAAUUGUAGGUUUCAGAUUUUUGUGAGGUGAAACUCGCAGCAUGUGUAAUGCAUGAUAGAAGGGAACUCGACAAUUAAUUCUUAAAAUUUAUGAUGUAGCUUAAUUUGUCAAGGAUUUGUUUGUUUUAAAUAUGUUAAUGUAUGAUGUGUAUCGAAAAAUAACUAUAUAAAAACAUGAAUUAAUAAUAUGGAGAACCCUAUUUCUCAAGGUU